GAACAAUAUAUGGAUGAAGAAUUCCUCAUGAACGCAUUUAGAACAAGCGGAGAGGAUAGUAUUCUGUCAAUAAAGGUUUUCAAGCUUACCUUUUCAAACAUUAGAAAAAGGUGAUUAAGAAUAAAUUUAACGGCGCUAUUGCCGGAUAUGGUUUUGUUAACUUCCCGAACGAUCAGAUCGCACUGAUGGUGAUGCAUAGACUCAACGGGAAGAUUAUUCCUAAUUCCAGACCCCCAGCAAGGUAUAAGUUAAACCACAACUCAAACCGUAUCCUACCCGGAGAGAAAAACUUCUCAAUCUGGGUCGGAGAUCUUACCCUGGAGGUUGACGAUUUAGAGCUCUACAAAUUCUUCUCAGCUCGCUUCCAAACCAUCAUAUCUGCCAAAGUGGUUCUUGAUGAGAGUGGAGGAAGCAAAGGUUUUGGAUUUAUCAGGUUCGGAAAUGAAACUGAGCAACAGACAGCGCUUACCACUAUGCAGGGUAUUGCAGGACUUGGUGGCAAGCCUAUCAAGGUAUCGAUUGCUGUUCAAAAGGCUAAAGAUCACACCAGUCACUCCAUGGAGAUCCCUAUGGGGCUAACACAGACCAUUCAAAAGCAAUUAACAGGUCAAUAUAACGGUGGUGUGACUACAACUAGUACCCCUCCUGCUGGACCUGGGGGAGAAUAUGGAGCAUACUACAACCAGUACAACAGCUACUGGAGUAAUAUGGCAGCCUGGCAGCAGUAUCAGGGAUACUACCAGGGAUACCAGGCACAGGAGGGAGAAAUUGUGAAUCCUCCUCUACCCCCUAAUCCAUACGGAGGAGAAGCUGAAGCAGGUCAGGAGGAAGCUCUUCAACAGAACAACGGAGAAGAACAUCUCAUUCAGGAGGAACCUGAAAGUAUUUUUGACGGACCUUUAAAUCAACCUGUGGAUCAUGCAAAGCAAUUAAACUACCAUGCAUUGAACAGUUUAUAUACCCGGAGAACUGAGAAGGUUUGGUUGGAAAUGGAGGGAACUGGAUGGUGGGAUCGAGAUUAAGCUCAAUUCGAUCAACAAUCCUGUUUAAAGCGAACUGUAUUUCUGUUCUAUCCUGAAGAAGAAUCCUUCAUCCAUUCAUUGAACACUAACAGUCAUUACUCCUCUUUUUGUUUUUUCAAUAAACCAUGUAAAAAGUUCA